GUCAAGGUCGUUUGGUCCACUGAUACGGUUUCCCACUGCAAUGUUCUCUUCAAGAAAGGUUUUGUAGCUAAUGAGAUUUCAGUGAUUAGGAUCCGAUAACAGAUUUGUGGGACACAUUUUCUUUUACUGAACGUUACCGCCACGUACAAGCCCUCUAUGCAAUAACAUGAGGGUUGCUAAACAGUGUGAAGAAUGAGAACUAUGAUUUGCAGUUGGCUAGGGUUAGGACUUAUAUCUAGGGUUUUCAUCACGAGAUGAUGUCAUCUAAAAUGUCGAAGCUUUAUUUAACCAAAUGGAUGAAUCAAUGUCGCACGAAAAUCCGAGUCUUGUUAUCUUAUGUCUAAUUGGUUUGUCCAUAAAUUAUAGUCUCAUCGCAUUAGAUGCGCUCUUCACAAGCUAAAUCUAAAAAGAUCGAUGUUCUUUCGGAAAGUAGACAUUUUCGGAAUCAUGCUAUUUUCACUCCCUCCUUUCUAUGCUGUUCCACUGUCUUCCAAAGAUCAAAAUGCUGGUUCAUUGUUGGUACAUCACUUACUGUUCGUCAGUACUGGAGAAAGUUGAAGGAGAACUGUUUCACGUCUUUAUAACCAAAAAUUUUGGUGCACUCAGAAAUAAGGAGGAUUUUUGUUUCAACAAUCACUUCCGUGCAUCGGUUAGUAAAGUGAACAGGUAAAACUCCCAUAAAGCACCAAUUUAUUUUCCAUUUGAGCCUCAUUGCAGGAAGUCGAAUCACAAAGGUCAUACAUUACACUUUCUCAAGCUACUCAUUCACAGGAAAAUUUUGGAGAUACUGCAUUGGACACAUUAAGAAAACAAAAUCGACAGUAUUUUCAGCAUAACACCAACGAUUCAGAAAAAGUUAUGGGACAUAUGUACUAGUUCUUUGUGAUUUCCUCUUACCUAUUACGUGGACUUACUAAACCUGACUUUUAAGCUCCUACGGGGUCUAAAGAACUAGACAACUCAUGGGGUGGUGCUUUCAGGGCGUUUGUUUUCGAAUGCUAAUAACCUACGAAUAUAUUCAAUCCUCGAAGACUACAUGUUACAGCCAUAAAUUAGCAUAGAACAAACUGCUGAUCAUUAAGAUUUUUUUAGGAUUUUCCGUGUGUUCUAAUUUACAGUUCGAUAGUGAAUUCAAAAAGAUUUUCUUACGGACUGUAAUGUUUUGGAUGUCUUAACAGGUAUGAUAAAAUACUCAAAGUAUGUCGCAACUUGCACUUAACAUUUAGAAGUUGACUCCAAUCGGGAUAUAAAUAAGGCAUGUUUUAGAUGAUUUUAUCGUUUCUCUCUGAUGCGAUACAUUAGAUACUGUGGUUGAGUAACGUAUUGAAAUUUCCUUCAUAUCAAAGUAAACCAGUCUAAAUAGGACUAAAGAUUUAAGGAGUAUUCGGGACUAUCAUCUUAGUGUCUAAGAAUUGUUGUUAGGUGAUACUUAAGCUCAGCCUAUAUAUCUUCGUGACUGUACUGGAUAUUGUGGUUUUUUUGUUAUGUGACCUGAAGAAUUGUUUCAAAACCUGUCACGCAGUUGCUUCAAGCAUUUGUAAAGAACACUUCUUACCUUGCCCUUUCGUAUGGUACUCGUAUUUUUGCUGUCUUUUCUUCUAUUUCUACAUUUAACGUCAUACAACUUUUGGCUCUACCUAAAUUAUUUGAUUAAUCUAAACGACUCCACCAUAAUCAGCAAAGCGAAUCAAUGUAGGGGGCUUUAGGUCACUAUAUUAUGGUAGGAUAUAUUUUACUUUCUCUUUGUAGUUUCCAAACUUACCUCCUUUUGUUGUUUUCAUAAUAGGAUGGAUGUUCAUUGUGAAAUGAAUCAAGAAGUCGAUUCCAAUUAUCCAAAUUCGUACUCUAAAGAAGUUGAGGAAGCGCUUUCCCGGCUUAAUUUAAAAUCAGACAGUUUAGAUGAUCCUGAUUUUAAUGUUAUUUCUUAUAUUAAUGAGAGAUUUCCCAGCGAACAGUCACUGGCAAAUAUAGAUGAGUUGAUAGCUGAAGCGGAAGGAAAAAUUCGCGAACUAGACGAUGAGACUAGAGACCUACUACGUGGUCGCUGGCAAACAGAGGAUAAAGGACAAGAGAUUGUUCAGGAUGCAAAGAAUAUGAUAAAAGUACUAUUCUCUAGAAUACAGGAUGUUCAAGAUCGAGCUACUAGAUCAGAAGAAAUGGUACAAGACAUCACUCGGGAUAUACAGCAACUUGAUCAAGCUAAGCGUAACCUAACUGUUUCCAUAACUGCCCUCAAUAAUUUAAUUCUUAUCGUGAACACCAUUGAUCGUCUGAACGAAUUACUUGGAAUACAAAGUUCAGUGGAUGAUCCAAUGUUUUUUGCGAAGAGCAAUGACACAAAUGCCAGUGCUCAGAAUCCAUUUUUAGAAGUUGACUCUGAAUCCUGGAUGAAUGAAAACCAUCCACCUGAAAAAACAAAGUUUCAAAGAUUUGUACCGUCCUUUUUGGCCGAAAUAUCAAAUUUAUUAGCUCAAGUUCAACGCUUAUUACAACCUAUGCUGUCAGCCUAUGGUUCAGUGUCAUCUGUGGCUGGAUUAUCUCGAGAAUUGGAUUCCAUUCAUUCAGUCCUUGCAGAUCGUUUGACUAAGGAACUCAAACUGUUACUAGCAGCUACUCGAACAGUUACAGAUAACAAGGAACUGAUUUUAUCAGCCUGUGAACUAGUUGACUUACUCCCUAAGAGUUUUCAUCUCGAUUCGGAUAUUGUAAAUUGGUUUAUCUCUCAUCAUCUAACUGAGUAUAAGGAGCUAUUCGAUCCAACACAGACUACUGCUUGGUUGGAUAAAAUCGAUCAGCGAUACAACUGGUUAAGAAUUAAUUUGGUCCCCUUAGAACGUUUAUUUAUUUCAGUGUUUCCUCCCUCUUGGCUGGUGACUGAAAGAUUUGUUUUGGAGUUUUGUCAUAUUACACGUGGUGGCUUAGAAACUGUUAUGAAACGACGUCAGUCGGAACUUACCCAUAAUCUAAUUGUUUUCGCAUUGCAACGCACCUUAUCCUUCGAGGCCAGUUUGAAUAAAGCAUAUACGUCUGAAGCGCUAGAAGAAUUACAAUCUAUGAUAGUUAGCGGUAAGAGUAUGGAGCGUUCAUCUAAUCCAUUUGAUGAUAAUGAGGAUGAGGAAGAUGGUUUAGAUGAUGCACAAUCUAAAAAUCCUGCAGAGGCUAAGGAUGAUUCAUCAACAAAUGAUUCUAAACAAAAUUGGAAAAAGCAGAUUUUUGAUGGAAUUAUAUCUGGCUGUUUCGACCAAUUCUUUGACCUCUAUUUGGUUCAUUUGGAUAAAGGUCUGAGAGAACAAAUGACAAAUCGUUUGAUUGGUGAUUUCACUGUUAAUAAAUCAAGUUUUGAGAACAGGGAUCUUGGAGAUGUAUUCAGAGAUGACAAUCCAUUUGACACUGUACAAAUCAAACCAAAUCCCAAUGACCCUGGCGAGAAUACUCUAUAUUCUGCUACAGAUUUAUUCUUGUUCUAUAAACAAAUCUUAAAACAAACUCUCCAGUUGAAUCGGGGUCAUGGUUUGUUAGGACUUGUUCGUCUUUUAAGGCAGUAUUUGUCUGAAUACACGGUUCGUGUGCUCUUGGCUCAAAUUCCAGGCUUAGCGAUUACCAAUACUAGUGGAACUAACGUUGGUUUAUCUGCACCGGAUGUUGCAGCGAAAAUGGCGGCAUUCGGUUUAAGCAGUCUCUCAGCUCUUGGACUUGGUCGUGGUCAAACGGGACUCGGUGCAGCUCUAGAAAAUAUUAGGACACAAACAAAAAACAGUUCUGCGCAAUCUGAUCUGAUAAGUUCAUCAAGCAACCAGGUGAUUAACAAUUUACUUCGUGAUGAUGUACAAGGAGUUCGACUGAGUAAGGAUGAUGUCUACAAGGUGUGUGUCAUACUUGUUACAGCAGCAUUUUGUCUGAAGACUGUUGAAGAUUUAGAGAAGCGUCUAAAACAUGAAAUCAGACCACCUAGCUGGGGUUCAAAAAUAUCAUUUGCUUCUGAACUUGAUGGUUUAGCAACUUGUAGAUCUGUUUGUGUCCACCGCCUGGUUGCAGACUUGGAAGCUGGUGUUGAACCUCAGCUAGUCGCUAUGGCACGUUUACCUUGGAAUAAUCUUGUACAAGUUGGGGACCAAAGCGCCUAUGUUACAGCCAUUGUAAAUCAUCUUCGCACUCAAAUCCCACUGAUACGAGAAACAUUGUACACCGUCAGGUAAUUUAUCUAUUUUCUGUAUGUGUUAACAAUGUCUUUGUCGUAUACAAUCGUCUUAUAUCUUUUUUAUGCAUUAUUAGGCCAGCUUUUACUCAAAUAUGUAUAAAAUUUGCUGAUGCAUUAAUUGCGAGAUUCGUUAAUGCCUUAUAUCGUUGCAAACCGGUCAAUACUUUUGGAGCUGAACAGCUUUUAUUGGAUACUCAAUCGUUAAAGGCUUCUCUUCUUCAAAUGCCUCUUCUUGGAGCUAAGUUUACUCAGGCACCUCCACGAAGCUUUACAAAUCUAGUUCAUGAAGGUAUGGGGAAGGCGGAACGUAUAAUCAAAGCAGUUAUGUUACCAGUCGGUGUCGCUACGCCAGGAAAGCAAGAGUCAACAACUCCUCCAAGUGGAUUUGUAAUGGGUCCAGUUGAUACAAAUGCAGCUAAUGUAUUUUUAGCUAGUUACGAACAAUUAUUACCUGAUCUAACUCAAACUGAUCUACAAAAUGUUUUGGAUAUGAAAGGUGUGAAAUUCAGUGAACAACAGUUUAUUUUAGAAAUAUUUCGUAGUAGAAAUGAAUUUAAGUCAGCGAUGAAAGAAAAAACACCUGAAGUAACGUUAUUUUGUUCUGUUGCAGAUACUGCUAUCACUGCUAGCACUUUUGUUAGUACUGCAAUUAGUAACGUAGCUUUGACAGGGAUAACGACAGUUACCGCGACCACCACUGCUCUUACGAGUUCCUUUGUAGCUACACCGAACUCUCCAAAUAAUCAGCAUCAAAAAUCGAAGCAGUCUGUGUCGAUCUCAAUGAAUCCAUUCGAUUCAUCUUCACCAGUAGAAGAGCGGGAGCAAAUAACAGAUAGGAAAGGAAAAAUAGAAAAGUUAUUGAAUAAAAGACGAUAAGAAUAUUACCGAAUUGUAAUUUUUGAAUGUUAAUUUUAAUGAAUAAUUAGUAUCUUCAUUGUUGCUUUAACUUCGUUUAUUUUUUUCUCAACUCGGUCAAGUUUAUUCUAUUCCUUCUCCGUUUUGCUAUGUUAAAACUUUCGCUUGUCAAAGUAACUUUUCUGUUGGUGUGUAUAAUUAACAUCUCUCUCUCUCCAUAUAUUUGCAUGAUUUAUUCAUAUUACUAUAAUAAUAUACUACUAUUAUUGCCGGUUUAAAAACGUUGUACUUGGAUGUUUUUUUAUAUCUUACUUCCUUUUAUUAAUUGUUUUAUUACUUACUAGCUAUAUUGUGAUAAAAUGUUUGUAGGAAACUUUCUCUGUAUUUCUGUUUCUGUAACCUUAUGGUAUGAAUUGAAAUACCAGUUUGUUUUCUGACAAUUUUCUCAAGAAUAGCAUGAUACAUAUCUACUUAGUGCAUCAGUUUUUAUGGUACUGUUAAAUUGGUUACUAAUGUUUAUUUUACUGUGCUAAAUAAAAACCAACAUUAAAAGGUGAUUUUUGCUGGUCAUUCA